CUAAGCUUCAUCGAGUGGGUCACUGAACUGAAGCGAGUAAAACAAAAAACAACAUAAUCAAUAUAAGUCUAGUUAAUAAUUUGAUCUCCUCUUCAGUUCUUCCCCAACUCGAUCUCUUCUAAAACAAAAAGAAAAAAAUAUGAGUUUCAAUGAAGAUGAAGCGGCUGCAGUUGAGAUAUUCAUCAAUCAACCCCAUGAAGAUGAGCUAAAAAUCAGCAACAACAGUUCCGAAUGGCUGAAUCUGAGCCUAGGUGGGAAUUACGAUCGACGACAGCAGUCGAAACCUAAGACUUUCCCGUGUAGCUUUUGCAGCAGGAAAUUCGACAGUUCACAGGCACUUGGUGGUCAUCAGAAUGGUCAUAAGAAGGAAAGAGGUGCAGCCAGCAGAAGAUACCAGUCGCUAAGAAUGAUGGGUUUUCUGACGAACAGAUCACUUGGAGUCGGACCCCAUGCCGCCGUUCUAAGCAGAGAAGAAAUAGGAAUGACACUUGCAGAGAGACUCGACGUUAAAGAAGCUCGUGUAGGGUUUGGAACGGGAUAUGUGCCCUUCACGAUGGAUUUUGAGGAGGCCAUGAAUUAUCUGAUGAUAUGGCCCGGGAGCUUUAGCAUGGCGGCAGAGCCACCAUCAGAAUCAAUUAAGCUAGACUUAAACCUUCGACUUUAAUAAAAUCCCAAAACCAAAAUCUGUUAGCAUUUUUAUUUUUCCUGUUAAUUAUCUGCAGAUUUGAAAAAUAUCCAUUUCUUGUGUAUUGAUUA